CGCCGUGCUUGUCUUUCGGCCCCGCCCGCGCGGCGGCCGGCCUCUUGUUGCUGCCCGCCCCAGCUAUGGUCCUCUCCUGUGCUUUGUAAGUUGGCACCAGCGUCUCCCGACGUGGCCUGAUCAUGGUGGCUGCGGCGGCGGCCCUGGCAGCGGCCGAUCCUCCUCCCGCGAUGCCGCAGGCGGCCGGAGUCGGAGGGUCCACUGCCCGGCGAGACUUCUACUGGCUGCGCUCCUUCCUGGCCGGAGGUAUUGCUGGAUGCUGUGCUAAAACAACAGUUGCUCCUUUGGAUCGAGUAAAGGUUUUAUUACAAGCUCACAAUCGCCAUUACAAGCACUUAGGAGUAUUUUCUGCAUUGUGUGCUGUUCCUCGAAAGGAAGGAUACCUUGGAUUGUAUAAAGGAAAUGGUGCCAUGAUGAUUCGAAUCUUUCCCUAUGGCGCAAUCCAGUUUAUGGCAUUUGAGCGGUACAAAAUGUUGAUUACCACAAAACUGGGAAUUUCUGGUCAUGUGCACAGAUUAAUGGCUGGAUCCUUGGCAGGCAUGACAGCAGUUAUUUGUACCUACCCUCUUGAUGUGGUCAGGGUGCGCUUAGCGUUCCAGGUGAAAGGGGAGCACACCUACACAGGAAUUAUCCAUGCCUUCAAAACCAUCUAUGCAAAGGAAGGUGGUUUCCUUGGAUUUUACAGAGGCCUGAUGCCAACUAUAUUAGGAAUGGCUCCAUAUGCAGGUGUUUCAUUUUUUACUUUUGGUACCUUAAAGAGUGUUGGGCUUUCCUAUGCCCCUACCCUUCUUGGCAGACCUUCAUCAGACAAUCCUAAUGUGUUAGUUUUGAAAACUCACAUAAAUUUACUUUGUGGUGGUGUUGCUGGAGCAAUAGCACAGACAAUAUCCUACCCAUUUGAUGUAACUCGUCGGCGAAUGCAAUUAGGGACUGUUCUGCCAGAAUUUGAAAAGUGCCUUACCAUGCGGGAGACUAUGAAGUAUGUCUAUGGGCACCACGGGAUCCGCAAGGGACUUUACCGAGGUUUAUCUCUUAAUUACAUUCGCUGCAUUCCUUCUCAAGCCGUAGCUUUUACGACGUAUGAACUUAUGAAGCAAUUUUUUCACCUUAACUAAAAAAAAAAAAUUGUCACUCGGGGUUUCUUUUCCUUUAUAAACUCUCUGAAGGGAAAAUUAAAUGCAGGAGAAGCAUUACUUGAAGGGGGUUAUUUACCCUAGCACAGAAACCACUGCUAUUGUAAUACUUGAUUUUUUUUUUUAAGUCACAAAUCAAAAGUGCUUAACUUACUUUUAGAUGCCAAUCGUUACAUCUUAGAACAUUGAAGAAAAAUUCCUAAACUGAUGCUGGAUAAUCAGUUAGGUUAUCUGAAACUGGUUUAAAGUAUUGUUUAGAAGUGCAGUGUUUGUAACUUCACACUGGCGUUCAGGAGAUUGCCAUUAGCUUUAUUACACUGCUCCAAGCUUUUAAUGUAAUCAUAAGUUUUUUUCUUGCUUUUUUUUUUUUUUGUGCUGGGGACCAAAUCCAAGGUCUUGAACAUGUAAGCAUGCAAUCUGCCACUGAGCUACACCCUAAGCCUGUAAUCAUGAUUUUAUAAAAACUCUAACAUUGUUUAUUGUUAAAAUACACAGGCUUGAUUAAAUUACAGCAGAAUGAUAAAAACAGACUAAGUUCUAUUUUUUCUCUUAUAAUUCUGCUUGACUGGAUAAAAGGAGAAAUGCUUUUCCUUCAUUUUUAAAUAAAACAAAUGUGUUUAAAAUGUUGUAUUAAUAAACAAAGUAUCAGGUUUUGAGCAGAAGUUAUGACCAGAUACUAUGAGUGAUUUAUGUAUAUUUUUUAAAGUGAAUGUGUUUCUCACAGGCAGUUAUAAUACAGAGAAUCUUUGUUCUUAAAAACAGAAUAGCACCACAGUUACGUUUUGUUGAAUUGUUUGCUGUAUACUAGAGAAGUAAAAGUGAACUGUGAAAUAGCCAUUAAUGUACACAUGACCGUCAGAGAAUGUUACUAAGCUGUUAUAUCAUGAUGUCAACUAGUUCUUCCAAUGUAAAGUCAUUUUAGUACCAUAUAAACUUAUGCAGAAAUAUAAAAUAUGAUUUGAUUACUAUCCUUUAUAUUAACAAAGUUGUUUAAAAUGUAAGAAUUCUACUUCCUGUGUUUAGAGCACUUUUAUGUUUAUUGUAAGCAUGACAAUAUUAGGAAAAGAACAGUUAAAAUUCCAUAUUUAAAAAUAGUGACAUGGGGGGCUGGGGAUUUAGCUCAGCAGCAUAAGCGCCUGCCUUGCAAGUAUGUGGUCGUGAGUUCGAUCCCUAGUACCGAUAAAAAAGAAAAAGACUAAAUAAAUAAAUAAACAAACAAACAAACAAACAAAUAAAUAAAUAAAAAUAAAAAUAGUGACAUGGCCAGGCAUGGUGGCUCACGCCUGUAAUCCCAGCACUCAGGAAGCUGAGGCAGGAGGAUUGUUGCAAGUUUGAGACCGGCCUAGGCUACAAAGUGAGCCUAAGGCCAGCCUGAACUGUACAGCGAGACCCUGUCUCAAAAAGACAAAAAAAAAAUAGUGAUAUAUAGAACUGAUACUAUCUUUGAUAUCAGAAAACUAAGUUGAAAAUUAUUUCUGUAUCUUUUUUUGUAUAAAAGCUGUCUUAUCUUAUGUAUGUAAAUUUGAUGAACUGGUUUCAUUUUCAAUGUCUUUAUUUCAAAAAUAAAUAUGUAUCUUUGUAUGAUUUUUUAAAAGUGUAAUAGAAAGUAGAAAUACAUGUGUUUCUGAAACUAUUUUGUAUAUUUUCAUUUCUGGUCCACAUUGUAGCUAACUAUUGUCAUUAAUCUUAAAAUAAUUUAAAUGUAUAAAAUAAGUAUCUUAGUUAUGUUUCAAUAAAAGGGAAUGGCAAAUAUUUUUAAAUAAAAUUUGCAUUCUAUAUCUGUUAAUAUACACAGGAUAUUAAAAAAAUAAAAUUUAUCCUUAUUUUGACA